UAGUCCUGCGGGCGCGUUAGGCCAGUCGUUCCUACGUUAGCUGCGGCUCCCGUGCCCAGAAGUGUCCGAGCCAUGCAUGUGGACAUCUCACAGUCUCCGCUCCGGAACCGGGUGUUUGUGGUGGGCGUUGGGAUGACCAAGUUUGUGAAGGACGCCCUAAGAUGACCCAAAGUCCGCACCUCCUUUGAAUCUGGGUGGAAUCCUAAGAUGUGUGGACCUCUGACGGAGGCAAGGUCCGCCUCACACCCGAAAGGAAAGCAGUUCACAAAGCCCGGAGUUGAGAAUUCAAGAGACUACCCUGACUUGGCAAAGGAAGCAGGCCAGAAGGCUUUAGCGGAUGCACAGAUCCCUUAUUCUGCAGUAGAACAGGCAUGUAUUGGCUAUGUUUAUGGUGACUCUACCUGUGGCCAGAGGGCUAUCUAUCACAGUUUGGGACUGACUGGAAUUCCUAUAAUCAACGUCAACAAUAACUGUUCUACUGGUUCAACUGCUUUGUUUAUGGCCCGGCAACUGAUUCAGGGUGGUCUGGCAGAUUGUGUCUUGGCUCUUGGGUUUGAGAAGAUGGAAAAGGGACCCCUUGGAUUAACAUUUUCAAAUAGGACCAAUCCAAUUGAUAAACAUCUCGAAGUCCUGAUCAACAAGUAUGGAUUGUCUUCCCACCCAGUUGCUUCUCAGAUGUUUGGGUUUGCUGGAAAAGAGCACAUGGAAAAAUAUGGAACAAAACUUGAACACUUUGCAAAAAUUGGAUGGAAAAAUCAUAAACAUUCAGUUAAUAACCCGUAUUCCCAGUUCCAAAAGGAGUACAGUUUAGAUGAAGUGAUGGCAUCUCCAAAAAUUUUUGAUUUUUUGACUAUCUUACAAUGUUGUCCCACUUCAGAUGGUGCUGCAGCGGCAAUUUUGGCUAGUGAAGCAUUUGUACAGAAGCACGGCCUGAAAUCCAAAGCUGUGGAAAUUUUGGCUCAAGAGAUGGUGACUGAUAUGCCAAGCUCGUUUGAAGAAAAAAGUAUUAUUAAAAUGGUUGGCUUUGAUAUGAGUAAAGAAGCUGCCAGAAAGUGCUAUGAGAAAUCUGGCUUGAGACCAAGUGAUAUUGAUGUAAUAGAACUUCAUGAUUGCUUUUCCACCAAUGAACUUCUUACUUAUGAGGCACUGGGACUCUGUCCAGAAGGUCAAGGUGGGAAACUGGUUGAUAGAGGAGAUAAUACUUAUGGAGGAAAGUGGGUCAUAAAUCCUAGUGGUGGAUUGAUUUCAAAGGGACACCCACUUGGAGCUACAGGUCUGGCUCAGUGCGCUGAACUCUGCUGGCAGCUGAGAGGGGAAGCCGGAAAAAGGCAAGUUCCUGGUGCAAAGAUUGCUCUGCAGCAUAAUUUAGGCCUCGGAGGAGCAGUAGUUGUCACGCUGUACAAGAUGGGUUUUCCUGAAGCUGCCAGUUCUUUUAGAACUCAUCAAAUUGAGGCUGCUCCAACCAGCUCUGCAGUUGAUGGAUUUAAGGCAAAUCUUGUCUUUAAGGAGAUUGAGAAGAAGCUUGAAGAGGAAGGGGAGCAGUUUGUGAAGAAAAUCGGUGGUAUUUUUGCCUUCAAGGUGAAGGAUGGCCCUGGAGGUAAAGAAGCCACCUGGGUGGUGGACGUGAAGAAUGGCAAAGGAUCAGUGCUCCCUAACUCAGAUAAGAAGGCCGACUGCACAAUUACAAUGGCUGACUCGGACUUACUGGCUUUGAUGACUGGUAAAAUGAAUCCUCAGUCGGCCUUCUUUCAAGGUAAAUUGAAAAUCACUGGCAACAUGGGUCUGGCUAUGAAGUUACAAAAUCUUCAGCUUCAGCCAGGCAAAGCUAAACUGUGAAGAACUCUCUUUGCCUACCUUUGAAAAUCAAGAUGAGAUAUAUAGAUAUAUAUCCAUAUGUUUCAUUGUCAGAACUUAGAUUGAAACUACACAUUGGCAAAUAGCGUAUUUGUUUUUAAAUGGGUGCGACCAAUCCUGUUUUUCCUAAACUCUGGGUGAAUAGAACCUGAUGGUGUACUACUGCUUUGCUGAAUUGCAUACAACUGUGCAUUACAAAGUUAAUAUAGUAAUUAUGGUUUGGGGUAAAAUUGAGUUUUAGAAUAAAAUUAGGAAUAGCAAAAUCCAAAAACUAUGUAAACAAAAGCUCUCAUUUUGCUUAUAAAGUAUAUUUGAGGAUUAUUCUGCUGAAGAUUCAAUUUAAGUUUUCCUUGGGAGAACUAGGGAAGGAACAGAAUACCAGUAGCUGGCCAGUAAUUAGUGUUGUGCACUUAAUGACCUUAAUCUGUUUUCCAUUGAUAAUUUUAAAAAUUCUGUACUGGGAUGUUUUUUUAAAAAAAUCUUUACAGUUUUGCAUUUCAUGCCAUCAAAACAGUAUUUUCUUCCCAAAUCAAAGAAGUAUGAUCAAGGCUUGGGAGAAAAAAUAUAUAGCUGAACACAGGCCUAUUUUUUAAAACAAAAAUAUUUUUAAGUGAGUUUCCUUCUUGGAAAAAAAUCAAUGUAUUAGAAUCAUAAAACACUGUUGUUAAAAAUAAUUGAACAAAUAAAGUUGGCUUUGAGAUGCACAGUUUUCAAAUUAUAAUCUCAUAUUAAUUUAAUUAAAUUUGUAGAACUCUCCUUCCUUUGUUAUAAUUUUCCCUUUUCAUAUGUUUAGUUUAACAAGCCACAUUUAAUUUACCUUCCUAGUUUUUUUUUAUUCAAUUUAAAGGAAUAUUGCUUUUUAUUCCUUUUUUUUAAAAGGUAAAUUUCAUAUCAGACUUUGGCAUGUGAUGUGUUUUCCCUACUUUUACCUUCCUAGUUUUUCUAAUGCUAAUGUUAUUUCUAUUAACUCGGUAAGAUAUAGGGUAAAAUAAUGUUUUUGGAAGAAUGUUUAAUAGAAAAUUAAAAUAGCUCUUCCUCA